AGGGUUCUCUGAAACCUCAUUUGAACAAGAAGCGAGAUAUGGAGGGGAAGCCCGGCCUGCAGACGGUAUAUCAGGCUGUGCAGGCCCUGUACCACGACCCGGACCCAAGUGGCAAAGAGAGGGCCUCGCUAUGGCUGGGGGAGCUGCAGAGAUCGGUCUAUGCUUGGGAGAUUGCAGAUCAGCUUCUACAGAUACAUCAGGAUGUGGAAUCAUGCUAUUUUGCAGCACAGACAAUGAAAGUGAAGAUCCAGACCUCUUUCUAUGAAUUACCUUCAGACUCUCAUGUCUCCCUGAGGGACUCUCUGUUGUCACAUAUCCAGAACUUGAAAGACAUGUCUCCAGUCAUUUUAACUCAGCUAGCUUUGGCAAUUGCAGAUCUGGCCCUGCUGAUGGCUUCCUGGAAAGGCUGUGUGCAGACACUUGUAGAAUCGUACAGUAAUGAUGUUACAUCAUUGCCCUUCCUGCUGGAAAUUCUUACAGUACUCCCUGAAGAAGUUCACAGCCGAUCAUUGCGCAUCGGGGCCAAUCGGCGUGCAGAGAUUAUAGAGGACUUGGCUUACUAUUCCAGCACUGUUGUAUCACUUUUGCUGUCAUGUGCCGAGAAAGCUGGAGAUAAUGAGAAGAUGCUGAUAAAGAUUUUCAAAUGCUUGGGCAGUUGGUUUAAUUUGGGAGUCCUUGACAGUAAUUUUAUGGCUAAUAAUCGCCUCUUACUGCUGCUUUUUCAGGUUCUGCAACAAGAUCGGACACCAACCAACCUUCAUGAAGCUGCAUCUGAUUGUGUCUGUUCUGCCCUCUAUGCCAUUGAAAAUGUAGAAAGUAAUCUCCCACUUGCAACCCAACUUUUUCAGGGUGUUCUUACCCUUGAAACCGCAUAUCACAUGGCUGUGGCUCGUGAGGACAUAGACAAGGUGCUGAAUUAUUGUCGGAUUUUUACUGAACUAUGUGAAACCUUCUUAGAGAAGAUUGUGACAACACCAUGUCGUGAUCUGGGAGACUUGAGGACCCUAGAGCUUCUCCUGAUUUGUGCGGGACACCCUCAGUAUGAGGUAGUUGAAAUCUCCUUCAAUUUUUGGUAUAGACUGGGAGAGCACUUGUACAAAAUGACUGAUGCUGUCAUACACGGUAUCUUCAAACCCUUUAUUCAGAGGCUUCUCCAUGCUUUGGCAAGACACUGCCAGCUUGAACCUGACCAUGAGGGUGUCCCUGAGGAAACAGAUGACUUUGGCGAAUUCCGUUUGCGAGUAUCUGACUUGGUUAAAGAUUUAAUCUAUCUGGUGGGCUCCAUGGAAUGUUUCUCCCAGCUCUAUUCUACUCUAAAAGAUGGAAAUCCACCUUGGGAAGUGACAGAAGCUGUGCUGUUUAUUAUGGCAGCCAUUGCUAAGAGUAUUGAUCCAGAGAAUAAUCCUACACUGGUGGAGGUGCUGGAGGGAGUAGUGAGACUGCCUGAAUCUGUGCAUAUUGCUGUGCGUUACACUAGCAUUGAACUUGUAGGGGAAAUGAGCGAAGUGGUGGACAGAAACCCUCAGUUCCUUGAUCCUGUACUCGCCUACUUAAUGAAAGGCCUGUUUCAGCCAUCACUGGCUUCUCCCUCUGCCAAAGCCAUUCAGAAUAUAUGCUCCGUAUGCCGGGAUCACAUGGCACUGCACUUUAAUGGGCUUCUUGAGAUUGCUCGGUCUCUGGAUUCUUUCACUCUGCAUCCUGAUGCCGCUGUAGGACUUCUAAAAGGUACUGCACUCGUCCUGGCCCGUCUGCCCCUGGAGAAGAUUUCUGAGUGCCUAAGUGAGCUGUGUUCUGUUCAGGUGAAUUCACUUAAGAGGCUUCUGUCCCAAGACCCUAACAAUGGCCUUUCUUCUGAUCCUACAUUGUUUUUGGACAGACUAGCAGUCAUUUUCAGGACAUUCUCCCAGAAGGAUAUUGGCUUGUUCAGGCAUACCAACCCUAUAGUGGAGAAUGGACAGACCCACCCGUGCCAAAAAGUCAUCCAGGAAAUCUGGCCUGUGUUGUCAGAAACCAUGAACAAGCACCGCGCUGACAAUCGAAUUGUUGAGCGCUGUUGCCGAUGCCUUCGUUUUGCUGUGCGCUGUGUAGGGAAAGGAUCUGCUGCGCUCCUCCAACCAUUAGUAACACAGAUGGUAGAGGUGUACCAUAUUCACCAGCACUCAUGCUUCCUGUACCUUGGCAGUAUCCUAGUGGAUGAAUAUGGAAUGGAGGAGGGCUGUCAGCAGGGACUGUUGGAUAUGUUACAGGCUUUAUGUGUCCCAACGUUUCAACUACUGGAGCAGCAAAAUGGUCUCCGAAAUCACCCAGACACUGUAGAUGAUCUAUUCCGACUGUUUACCAGGUUCGUACAGCGCUGUCCCAUCGUCCUGCUGCGCAGUCAGGUUGUGAUCCAUGUGUUGCGGUGGGCUAUAGCUGCCUCUACACUAGACCACCGGGAUGCCAACUGUAGCGUCAUGAAGUUCCUGCGUGAUCUAAUACACACCGGGGUGUCCAAUGAUCAUGAAGAAAACUUUGAGAUUCGUAAGGACUUAAUCCAACAAGUUCUGACUCAAGUAGGGCAGCAGUUGGUAAGCCAGCUUAUCCAUGCUUGCUGCUUCUGCCUUCCACCCUACACGCUCCCUGAUGUGGCAGAGGUUCUCUGGGAAGCUAUGGUCUUUAAUAGGCCGACAUUUUGUCGUUGGUUGGAAGCUUCUCUGAAGAACUUACCAAAGGACAUGGCAGUGGGAGCAGCAACAGUCACACACAAACAAUUAACAGAUUUCCACAAACAAGUCACAAGUGCUGAGGAAUGUAAACAGGUAUGUUGGGCUCUGAGAGAUUUCACCAGGUUAUUCCGAUAGCUGUGCUCCCUCGUAAGGCCUGCCUUCAUAGCGAUGGCAGGUUACCCAGUCUACUCAGAUGGCACCUUCAGAGAACCAUUGUGGAACGGCUUCUAUAACCCCCUAGUGUGUGUCAUGCCAAAAGGGGGACGCAGAGCAAUAGUCAGCGAAAUGAAUAUCAGGCGAGCUUUGAGGAAAGCGUCCCUGUGUUACGUGUGCUGAAGAAUCUAAAAUGAAAACUGGGAAAAAAAGAGCUUUAAAGUUUAAACCCUUCACUUCUGAACAGGGUCAAUGUUCCGUACAGAGCUGUGGUGAAUUGCAAUGGCCAUAAGACGAAGCCACUCUGUCCUCUUCCACAGCAAUAAGGCAAUCUGUGAGCAGCCAGCCAGCCAGCUGUACACUGGCAAGGGAUUCCCCCAGUAGAGCCGGGUAUUCCUAGACCUCGGGGAUGAAGGGGUUCUCAAAGCAGUGUGGGGUCCCUGGGCACCGCAUUAGAAUUUUGAGAUGGGAUGAAUCAGGUAAAGGAGGUGGGGAUAAAGGGGUUAGAGCUUUCCUUGAUGGACUCGUUUUAAAAUAAAAAAAAUAAACAAAAUAUAAAGAAAAAAAGAAAAAGGAAUAAAAUGAAAAAAAAAAAGAAAAUACAGCCGUUUAAAUAUCAAUGGCCGAUGGAGUUGGGAUUUGCGUGGCAGCAAACAGAAAAACUGAAAUAAUGGAGCUAAACUUUCUGUGAAAUGAAACAAGACAAACGUGCAAAAUAAAAUUUAAAAAAUGA